AUGGAAAAAAAUUUCUCAGAGAAAUAUGUAAGUUUUCAAAAUAAUUCAAAGCAAUUGAAUACUUCUCAAAAAAUAUUUGAAUGGAUUUUUAAUUAUCCCCUUUUUAAUGAAAUUAGGAACACUAAUUUGUCUAAUCAACUUGGAAAUAUAGAAAUAAAGAGAGAUGUUCAUAAAGAAUUACAAACAAUUGUAAGCAAAAAAAAUGGUAAAAAUAAUAAUUCCAAUUUUAAUAUAAGAAAGUGUAGUGAAUUUACUUCAAAUCCAAUUAAAAAUGAAAUAAAAGCAAAAGAUUAUAGUUUAAUAAAUAACAAUAAAUUUUAUAUAAAUAUCAUAAAAAAAAGUGAAAAAAUAUAUAACUGUUAUUAUGAAGAAAUAAAGAAUGAAAAAAAAAAUAAAAUAAUAUUUGAAAAUGUUAAGGAGAAAUAUUUCAAAAAAAAAAAAUGUAACAGAGAAGAUUUUCAUAUAGAUACCAUUUUACAGCAAAAUGUUAAUAAAGAAAAAAGCUUCAUAUUAGAAGAAAAAUUUAAUCCCUUUUUUAAUUUUUUUGAAAAGGAGAAUAAAAAUAUAUACCAUAGUAGUAUAAAUUUUUCAUUAAAAACAAAUAUACAAUUAAACAAAUAUUUUUAUAAAAUAAUUUUAAAUCAACUUAAUUAUUAUAGAAUUAAAAAGGACAUAUAUAUUAAUAUUUUAAAUAUCAUAAAUGAAAUAUCAAAAUAUUAUCAUAGCUAUGGGUAUGACAUUCUAAAUAAUAUAAAAAUAAAAUGUUUUCCGUAUAAAAAAAUAGGAAAUAGUUUUUACAUAAAUGGUUUAGUAUUCAGUAAUUGUUCUAUAUAUUUUAAUGAUUUAGAAAUUGAGAAUCCAAAGAUAUUAUUAUUAGAUACAGAAAAAAAAAUAAAAUAUGAAAAAUUAGAGAAUUAUUAUAGUUACAAUUAUAAUUAUUUUUUAUGGAAAAAGUUGUCUAAUAGAUUUUUGAAUAUAAUUUUAGUACAUGGAGAAUUAGAUUUUUACAUAAAAAAAUUAUUAAUUAAUAAAAAAAUAUAUUUUUUCACUAGUAUAAAAAAAAAAAAUAUGAAUCGUUUAUCAAAUCUUUUACGUAUACAAAUUUUAAAUUAUGAAAAUUUUCUAAAUUUUGAUAAUGGUUAUGUAGCUAAUGCUAAUUAUUUCAAAAUUCAAAAAUAUAAAAAAAAUGUAAAAAAUAUUUUUCUUUGUUGUAAUAAUAAAUUUUUAACUGUAUGUAUUUUUGGAAAGAAAGAAAUUAAUGAAAAUGUGUUAAUAAAAAAAAAUGAGAAAUCUGAUUAUUUAACUGUUAAGGAAAGUAGCUUAAAAAAUAAUAUGAAAAAUACGACAAUUUUUGAUGAUUAUUUUAAAAGAGAAGUUGAAAAAGAAAAUAUUUUAAAUAAUUUUAUAAAUGUUUAUUAUAAAAAUAAAAACGACGAUUAUAUAAUAGAUUACUUUUUUAUAAAUAAAGAAAAGAAAAUAAGCUUUUCAGGAAAAGAAAAAAAUGAAAAUAAAAAAAAUUUAUUAAUAAAUCAUCUUAAAAAUAUAGUCAUAAUUAAAAAAGUUAAGAAGAUACUAAAAUUUAUUAUAUUUUUAAGUUUUCAUAUUUAUAAACAAAUUUAUUUGAAUAAUUAUUUAGAUAGAACUCUUAUAUCUUUAUCUGAUGAAAAUAUAAAUACAAAUUUAAUAUAUCAUAAAAGUUACAAUGAUUUGAAUUCCUUAAUUUUAUCUUCAUUUUUUUUUAUUUAUCCCACAAAAAAAAAAAUUACCCCAAUAAAUUUAAUGUCAAAUUUGUUUCAUUUAAUAAAUAUUAAGAGUCCCUUAACACAUGAAAGAAUAAAUAUUUUACAUAAGUUAAUAAAUGCAAACAAAAUUAUUAAGGAACAGAUAUACAAUAAUUAUGAAUAUUGUUUUUUUACAUCAGAAAAAAAUAAAAUAAUAGAUAUUGUAAAUUUUUUUUUUUUCAAUAAUUUUAUGCAAAAUUAUGAAAGUAGCUAUGAAUAUAUAUUUUACUAUUUAAAAAUAAUUAAUAAUACUUAUUUACACUAUAACCAUCAAAGUAUUCUAAUAAAUGAUCAGAAUAUUUUAAAUGGUAUAAAUCUUUUAAGUAAUCAUAUUCCUCCUAAUGAUCAAAUAACAGUAGAAUAUAAAAUGAAUGAAAAAGUAGAAAAAAUUAUUGUAGAAAAUAUUUUAUAUUAUUCUUAUGAUUUUCAAUCUUCUAAAAAUAUAGAAAUGAUAAUUUACUUUAUUUGUCCCAAUUAUUUGUUUAUAAAAAAUAUAUAUAAUAAUAUAAAUAUAUAUUUGUUUGAUAAUCAAAAAAAUAAUAGUAUAAAAUUGUUUUACAAUUUUUUUUUCAAUUAUAAAUAUAUUUAUGAUAUUACAAUACAACAAUUUAUAUAUAUUAUGCAUUCUUUAAGCUUUAAACUAAAAUGUCCAUUUGAUUUAUGUAGAAAUUAUUUAUGUUAUCAUCAGAUGUGUAUCCAAAUUUUUUUGAAAAAAAUAUUAAUUACAAUUAAAAAAGAAAAAAAUGAAAAUUCAGAAGAUAACAUAAUUUUAAAUAUUAUUUGUAACAAAUGUAAUUAUGUAAAUGAAAAAAAUAUGAAUUUGAAUUUUUCUUUCAGUGAGUUCUUAUUAUGCAUCAUACAUUCAGAUAACUAUAUAAAUAGAUGUUGUAAUCACAAUGCUGAAUAUAAUAGUUAUGUAUUAUAUUUUAAAAAUAUUAAAAUAAAUUUUCAGGUGUAUAAUAAUAAUAUUUACAAGAGUAUUGGAAAAUUUAAGAAAAUACAUAUGAAUAAAUCUAGUAAUGAAAGGAUGAUAAAUAAUGAUAAUACUCACAAUAAAAAGACAAAUUUAAAUUACUUAAAUAAAAAAAAAGUAGAAAAAAAACUGAAAAAUUAUAUUAAAAGAAAUAUAAAAAAUAUUAUACAAAGUAAUAUUUUUUAUUAUUUUCCAUGUAAAUGCUUUACUAGAGGAUAUAAUUUAAAAAAAAAAAAAAAAAAAAAAAAUUAUUCAAGUUUUAAUCUUAAUAGUGUUAUAGAAAAUUUUCCAAGUUUUAAUAACUCAAUGUUACCAAUGUAUUCUACUUUGAAAUUUUUUAUCUAUAAUUAUGCAAUUAAGUAUUAUCGAUCAAAAAAUAAACAUUUAUAUAUGAAAUCAAAUAAAAAAAUUAAAAAAGAGAAUUAUCAUAAUCCAUAUUCACCUCUGUAUUUUAAAAAUAAAUGUAAAAAAUGUAAAUAUAUAAAAAUUUCUAACUUCCCUACACUAGUGUUCUUUAAUUCUCUAUUUAUUAUAAAAAGAAUAUUUUAUAAUUUUUAUUCUUUAAUUAGUUUUCUUAUUGAUUUACUAAAUAAAAAUAUUUUUAUGAAAAUAAAUGAAAUAACGUAUAUUCUAAAUAAUAGAACAAUAUGCUUUAUAGAUGAUAAUUUUUUAUCAACAAAGGGAGAUUUAAAAAAAAAUAAUAAUAAUAAUCAAUGUAACAUGGAAGAUUUAACGUGUAAAGAAUAUAGAGAGAGUAAAGAAGUAAUAAUAAAUGAAAAUUUAAGCUCAAAUUCUCAUCAAAUGAAUAUAUAUAUAAAUGAAGUUAACCAAGAAAAAUUUGAGAAUAAGAUCAAUGAAGAAAUAAAUAAUGAUACUGUUGAAAUAAACUAUAAAUAUAUAAAAAUAAAUUCAAAAGAUAUAUUCAAUUUUGAUACUAAUUUAGCUAAUUCUAAAUUAUAUAAUAAUACUAUUAAUUUAGAAGAUUAUAGCAAAAAAAAAAAUAAUUUAAUAAAGGAAUUUUUGUUAUUUAAAAAAUUGAGGAAUAUAAUUAGGCAUUAUGAAAAGUACUUGAUUAAAAUAUUAAUUAACUUCUAUUUUUAUGGUGUUAUAAAUUUAAAAAGAAAAAAUUUCUCAUUAGAGAUAGAAAUUUUCUUUUCAUAUUAUAUAAUGAUAUUAGAAAAAAUAAAUAUAGAAAUUCAAAAAAAUAUUGAAAAAAUUGAUAAGAUAAGAAGUAAAGAAAAACUGAAAUACCUAAAUUUUACAAAAAAUAUAAAUAAAAAAUUAAAAUUUUUUAUUUUUGAUUAUUAUACAAAAGAAAAAAGAAAAAGAAAAAGAACAGGAAACAAAAAAAAAAAAAAAAAAUGUAAAUUAGUAUGUAUAAACGAAGAAAACUAUUCUCAUUUAAACCCUUCAUAUCAUGCAAAUUUCAAUAAAAUAAAAAAAGAGAAAAAUAAAUUUUUUUAUUUUUCUUCAGAAUAUGAUAUAUCUAAGUUAUAUAUAAAUGAAAAAAGCUAUAUAUAUAAUAUAGAGAAUUAUAGAAGAAAAAAAAAUAUAGAUUUUACAAAUAAGGAGGAUUAUGAAAAUGAAAAUAACAAGUCUUUUUAUAUGCAUAUAUCAAAAAUAAUAAAAGAAGAAAAAAAAAGUUUAAAUAAUAAAAAAACAGAAAAAAAAAAAAAAAAAAAUUCUCUAUUUAUAUUUAAACCAAAUGAUACAUCAAAUGUGAUAUUCCAUUCAUUAAUAUCAGAAAAUUAUAAAAAGAAAUUAAAAGAAAUUUAUGAAAAAGAAAAGGAAAUAAUAUGUAAAGGAAAUAAUAUAUCAAAUAACUGUAAAAAAAUAUUAAGACAAGAUAUGUUUUGUAAUAAAAAAAAGAAAUUUCCAUAUAUGAUACAUUAUAAUGAUAUUGAAAAAUAUUUAAAUAAAUGUAUAAAUAACUUACACAAUAAUUUUUGUGAUGAUAAUAUGAAAGAUUUUUUAAAUUGUAAAAAUAAUGAUAUUAUCACAGUUCUUCUAAGUAAUAACAUAUGUGUGUAUGUUUAUUUUCCUUUGCAGUUUUUUUAUUUAAGAAAAUUUUUAUUCGAAAAAGAAAUAAAUUUUUUAAGAUCUCUAAAAAAAAGUAAUCACAUAAAUUUUGAUUAUAAAAAGAAGAAUUUUAUAAAAACUUAUGACGGUAAGUAUAUUAUAAAAGAAAUAAAUAGACAUGAAUUUAAAUCUUUUGUUACUAAAUUCAAAGAGUUCUUUCAACAAUUUUCAGAUAUUUUUUUCAAAUUUAAAAAAUCCUUGUUGUGUUUUAUGUAUGGUUUAUUUCAAAUAGAAAUAAAGAAAAAAAACAAAAAAACAGUAAAAACCUACAUAAUUCUAGAAAAUGUUAGGAUUAACAAUAUAAAUGCAAAGAUUUUAAUUUUUGAUAUAAAAGGUGCAAGAAAAAAAAAAAAUUUACAAAAUUUACUUAUACAAAAUAAUAGAAAUUCCUCUUUUUUUGAAAACAGUGAAAAUAUUUCAUUAAAUGCAACUAAAAUAAAAGAGGAGGAAUAUUUAUCAAGUGAUGAGUUAUCUGAUAAAUCUAUGAAUUUAAAAUAUUUCACAGAAUAUAUACAAAAAGAAAAAAAAAAAAAAAAAAACCACAAAUCCACUGCCAAUCAAAUUGAAGAGUAUAAAAACAAAUAUAAAAAAAAUAGUUUAGAUUUUCCUUUAUUAUCUAGAUCAAGUAAAUUAAAGAAAAAAAAAGAAAAUAAAAAAAACAAAAAGAAGGAAUUAUAUACAACUGAAUUUAAUGAAGAAGGUUCAGAUAGGAAAAAAAAAAAUAGAAACAAUAAAAAAUAUUCAAAUGACAUAAAUGAACAGAUAAAUAGAGAGCAAAAAAAGAAUUAUAAUAGUAAUAAAAAUGAAGAAAAGAUGAAUAAAUUUUAUAAAAGAUAUAAAAGAAAGAUAUUAAACGGGAACUGUUCACAUAUAAAGUCACUAAAAAAACCUAUAACAAAUCUAAGGUUAAAAAAAAAUAUUUCUGAUACUAAAGAAAAAUCUAAAUGGAGUAAACUAAAAAUAGGUAAAAGAAAAAUUGAAUUGAAUAAAAAAUCUCAAAAAGAAAAUAAUAAUUUUUUGAAAGAAAUAAUACAAAAUAUAAAAAUUUAUCUAUCCGUGAAUCAAAGAAUAUUAAAAUUAAAAAAAAAAAAAAAUAACAAAUGUAAAUUUAAAAAUAAUCUUAAAAGAAAAUACCUAUAUGACACCAAAUAUUCCUUACAUUUUUUAUCAAAAAAAAAAGAGCAAAUUUUAAAUAAAGAAAAUUUAAAUAAUUAUAAAAUUAAACAUAGUAGUACAAAUGAAGAAACGUAUGAUUUAUUAUAUAAAGUAAUGUAUAAUAAUAAAAAUUUUGAAAGUUCAAACUCUUUAGAAAAGUACAAUCAUUUUACAAUAGAUAAUUAUAACACAUUAAGAAAUUAUUAUGUUUUAUUUGAUGAUAACUUUAAAGACUUUAUUAAAGCCAAGAUAAUUAAUUUGGAGUAUAAUGAUUACAAAUAUUUAAUUGAUUCAUUAAAGAAUGACACGAAUUUUUUGUCAUCACUAGAUAUAAUGGAUUAUUCCCUACUUAUACACAUAGAUAUUUCUAAUUUUCAAAUUGCUUUUAAAAUUAUUGAUUAUUUACGCCCAUAUACUUGGGAUAAAUCAGUAGAGAAUUUUAGCAAAAGUGUAUUAUAUUUAACUAAAGGAUAUAGACCAACUAUAAUACAUUCAGAAUAUUAUAAAAAGAGGUUUUUAAGUAAUAUAAGAAAAUAUUUUUUUUAUUAUGUUCCCUUAUACACACUUAAAAAAAAAAAUGUUUUUAAAAUAGCUAGCAGAAAUAAUUCUUUUUCAAUUGUUAACUUAAAUAAAAAUCAUCCAUAUAAAAAUUACUUUUUUUAUUUCCUUUUUAAUAUAAUAAUAAGAUAUUAUAAUAAUAGUAAUAUAUACAAUAAAUAUUUAUAUAAGAAUGAGAAGUUUGAUGAUGAUUACCAUUUUGCAAAUCUCUAUUCUCAAAAAAAUAUUUUUCUUUUCUUAAACUAUUACUUAAAAGAAUAUGUUACAAAAAGUGUAGAAGAAAAAAAAAAAAUAUAUAAAGAUAAUUUUCUUUUUUACUUUAAUAAUAUAAAUAUAAUGAAUUCUUAUAUUUAUGAAAAUCAUUUAAUACAAUUUGAUAAAAUAUUAAGCAAUGAUGUUUGUGUAUCGCAGAAUUAUAAAACUAAAAGUGAGUUGAUACAUUUAAAUAAAACAUUUUUGAGAAAAAACGGUUAUGAAGAUAAACUUUUAUGUAAUCCAAUUUUGCCUUAUUGUACAUUAGAAAAUUUUAAUAUACUAAAUGAUAAAAAUAAUAAUUUUUCAAUUGUUAAUAAGAACGAUUUAUUAUUUGUUAAAAAUUUUGAAUCAUCUGACAAAAUAAAAUAUUUUACUGAAUAUUCAGAAAUAACGCAAAAUUUUUUUAAUAGAAAUCAAUCUUUCAAUGAAAAACACUUUAAAAGGCUAAAAAAAAAGUUUUUUAAAAAAAUAACAGAACUUCAAAUUAAAAUUCUAAAAAAAUUACAAAAAAGCAAACUAAAUAUAGAAAAUAUUUCAUAUUAUGUUCACAAUAAUGUUUUUAUAGAAAUGAAUGAUAUUAAUUUACAUCAUACAAAUAUUAACUAUUUAGAUGCAUUUAAUAUUUAUAAUAUUUGUGAAAAAGAAUAUAUUAAUAAAGGUAAAAGAGUAAAGAAUAAAAAAAAAGAAAAACUAUUUUUAUACAUUCCAUCUUAUUUUCUUUUUAUUUUAAAUAAAAAUUAA